AUGUAUCAGAAUUUGAGAAAGUUGAUAAGUUUGGUGGAUGAGCUUCGUGAUGUUGGUCUACAACAGUAUAUUAAUCUACCACGCAUAUGUGUUGUAGGAACUCAAAGCUCAGGAAAAUCGAGUGUACUUGAGUCUGUUGUAGGUUUUGACUUCCUACCUAGAGGUGAAGGAAUUGUUACGAGGCGUCCAGUAGAGAUGCGCUUAGUUCAUAUUUCUAGCAGAUCAGGUUUGGAUGAAUCAUUUGUAAUAUUUGAAAAUGAUAAAACCCGUAAAUUCACUGAUUUUGAGCAAGUUAGGCAAGAAAUAGAUAGGCUUACAGAUGAAGUUGCUGGGCGCAAUAAGGGUAUAGUAGAUGAUCCAAUUGUCCUCACAAUAUAUGGAACUCAAUGUCCAGAUCUAACAUUAAUAGAUCUUCCUGGUAUUACACGUGUACCUUUGAAAGGAAGUGAUCAAUGUGAUAAUAUUGAACAACUAACUAGGGAUAUGGCAAUACGUUAUGCUCGUGAUCCUAGAACAAUAAUCUUAGCAGUAAUUCCAGCUAAUGCUGACAUGUCAACUUCAGAUGCCUUGCAACUUUCACGUCGUGUAGAUCCUAAGGGUAUUAGGACAAUUGGUGUUAUUACUAAAAUUGAUUUAAUGGACAGAGGUACAGAUGCUUCUCGAAUGCUUCAUGGAGAAGAUGUCCCACUAAGAUUGGGAUAUAUUGGUGUUAAAAACCGUAGUUCAGCAGAUUUAAAAAUUGGCAAAACUAUAAAGGAGGCUUUAGAAGAUGAAAUGUCAUUUUUUACUUCACAUCCAAUAUAUAGAGCAUUGUCUCCUGAAUUAUUAGGCACAAAGAAUUUAGUGACGAAGUUGACAAAAGUCUUAUUUAGACAUAUUAAAACAUUUCUUCCAGAUAUUAAACGUGAAAUUAAUGGACGUAUAAGAGCAAUAUCCUUACGUAUAGAAGAAUUUGGACAAGGAGUUCCUAUCGAGAGUGGUGAUAGAGCCCAACUAAUGUGGGCUAUGAUUACAGACUAUUGUGAAAUGAUAAAAAGUACAAUUCGGGGUAAAUAUGACAAGAGGUUACAGACAUAUUUUGAUGGACAUACUGAUCAUAUUACAAGUGGAUCUCAGAUUCGUGUAAUAUUUAAUGAAUUAUUAGAUGAUUACUCUGAAAAAGAUGUAACUUCAGAAUUAUCUGAUUAUGAUAUAGAUUCUGCUAUUAGGAUGCAUGAAGGAGAUUCAAUGCCUGGUUUCCCAUCACCAGAUAUGUUUGAAUAUUUGAUUCUUCCUCACUUAAGGAAAAUUCAAGCUCCGGUGAUGGAUUGUUUGGAUAGAGUUACUACAUCACUUGAGAUUGUCAGUCAAAAAAUUGCUCAUAGAGUAUUUAUUAGAUUUCCUAAACUUGCAGAACAAAUUUUAGAACGUAGUCAAGAUAUAUUAUUGAAACAAAAAGAAAAUACAAAAACCAUUUUAGAACAGCUUGUAGAAGCUGAAACAGGUUAUCUAUUUACAAAUGACUCUACAUACCUUAUAGAACAUGGUAGUGUAAUAAAUAGCAAUGAUCAAACCCAAACUGGAUUAAGUAAAAAUGGAAGUUUGACAAAUGAACAUAGUUCAAUUCCUCCUGGGUAUGAUGGACAAUCUAUAAAGGAACCUCCUAGAACUGCUCAACAUAUUCUUAAUCAAGUCCAGCAAACUGUAGGUAAUGUAACAAAUAGUUUAACUACAAAUUUAUGGGCUGGGGAUGGAUUUCAAGGGAAAGAUAAACGGAAAACUCGCUAUUCUCAAGUAUUUUUACGUGAAAUACGUAAAAGGUUAGAUUCUUAUUUUGCAAUUGUUGUAAGAAAUAUUAGAGAUUCUGUACCUAAAAUUAUUGGACAUUUUCUUGUUAGACAAAUUAUGGAUAAAUUACAAUUUGAACUUUAUAAUGAAUUUAAUAAAGCUGAAUGUUUAUCAGAUCUUCUAAGUGAACCAAGUCAUGUGGUUGAAGAACGUAAGGCUUUACUUAAUCAACUAAAUACUUUAAAAAAAGCUUCACAGGUAUUACAACGAGAUCCAAAUAUUGUAGCUUUAAACUCUGCAGAUUUUGAUGAUCAAUAUGAUAAUGAUCUACAACAAUUUCAAAAUAAUGUUGCUCAGAGGAUGAAUUCCCAACAAGGAGUACGUCAACAAUUAAAUACUCAAAAUACCCCUAAUACUGUAAAUCAAAGACCCAUGUUAUCACAAAAUCUAUCUAAUUCUAGUAAUAGUUAUCAGUCUAACCAAUUUACUCCUGGAAAUCCUGUACAAUCUUCAUCUAAAGUUGCUCUUUUUGCAUCAGCCCCAAGCCAAAAACAACCCCAAAAAGAUCCUCUAUUUGCAAAUUUAUAA